AUGGAGGUACACGCGACUACGAACGUGACGUCACGCGCAGACGAAACGAUUCAAGGGCGUGUUGACAAUCUGAUCGAAAAGUUUUCGGGAUUGUUCUCCGACAAGGUUGGACAUUUAAAGGGGAACGUAGGUCGACUACACCUGGAGGAGAAUGCGACUCCGAAAUUCUGCAAGGCAAGGAACGUGCCUUACUCCAUCCGCCCCGCAGUGGAAUUGGAGUUGGAAAGGCUAGAAAAUGAUAACAUUAUCACGCCAGUUCCGUUCAGUGAUUGGGCCACGCCUGUUGUACCAAUUAUCAAGGUUGAUAAAUCGGUAAGAUUAUGCGGAGACUAUAGUAUAACCCUAAACCUAGUGCUGCGACCAGACAAACACCCAAUGCCCAGGAUUGAGGAUGUUUUCGCAAAGUUAGCUGCCGGCGAGAAGUUUACCAAACUCAAUCUGAAAAAUGCAUAUCUGCAUUUGGAAAUGGACGAUAAGUCAAAGGACUUGCUUACCAUAAACACGUACAAGGGUCUGUACCGAGUGAACAGGCUCCAGUACGGGUUAAAACCCGCGACUGGAAUGUGGCAACGGCUCAUGGAGCAGGUUCUACAAGGAAUUCCUGGAAUCGAAUGCAUAUUGGAUGACAUCACCAUGACUGAAGCGAACGAUGACGAGCACUUGACGAGGCUAGAGAAAGUCUUCAUACGGCUUAGCGAACACGGGCUAGUGCUGAACGCAAAGAAAUGUAAAUUAUUGCAGCCUAGUGUGGCAUUUAUGAGUCACCUCAUCGACAGGGACGGUUAG